AUGAAGUAUCUAUAUAUGUGGUUCCUACAGAGUCUCAAUAUCACCCCCUGUUCUAUUGGUCCCCAAGCCUAUUUUGCAAAAGUCAAGAAGGGAAAAACAAAAAGUAACAACAAACUGAAUUUGAAAAAUGAAAAAAAAAAAGAGAACAGUGCUGAGAAAAGAAGCAAAGAGAGGAAAAAAAAAUGGAAAUUGGAAAAAGAAAAUAUGACGCUUAUCGGGAGCAAGCUAGGCACAUUCAUACGUUUUCCAAUCUUCCUCUUGCUGUUUAUGGUCAGCUUGGAUGUGAGGGAACCAGAAAGGAAAAAGGAAGGAGGUGAGGAUGAUAUUGCAGGUUUGUUGGUGCAGAUCACCCGAAUAUAUGCUCUCACCGAGCAUUUCCUUUGA